AUGGAUGAUGAAGUUAAGAAAAAAAAUACUUCUACAAGUAUGGACGAUGAAAUAAAUGAAGAUAAUUUAUUUAAUCUUAAACGAUUAAAAGAUGGUUAUGUAUCUAUUAUUGAUAAAAUGGGUUAUGGAAAAUUUAAACCUUAUUUACAACGUUUAUUUCAUUCAGUUGAAAUUAUGUUUAUACAUGAAGUAACUGAAUUUAAAAAAAUUGAUGCCAAAUAUCAAGACAUGGUACGUCAAUGUCAUAUCUAUGAAAAAACAUUAUCUAUGCUUAAAGAAAGAAAUUCAUGUGAAAUGAGUCCGUUUAAUGAAUCAAGUAAUACAUAUGCAUUUGACGAUUUAACUAAAGUUACUCCAUAUCUUGCACCUGAUCUUCUUCAAUCAACACUUGGUAUUGGAACUAUAGCUGGUGGUAGUACAUCAUUACAAUUUCGUUUACCUAGUCGACAUUCAUCAUUAUCAAAUCAUCAAUAUGUUUCAACACCACUUGGACCUACACGAAUAAUGAAAUCAUCAGUACCUCUUGCUCAUUUUGAUGAUGAUUCUUCAUUAGUACUUACAACUAGUCUUGGUUUUCAACAACAAGUAAAACAAUUUGUUGAUGUUUAUACACAAUCAGAAUCUCCUGUAAUAAUUGAAACAAAAGAUUUUUCUUGUCAAAUAAUUCCAUUAUAUAAUGAUAAACAAAUUGAAACAAUACAAUUUACUAGUGAAUAUCAAUCAACACAAACAGAUAUAAUUUUAACAGAAACAAUUGCUUGUCAAAUAAAUCCAAAUUUAAAUGAUUGUUCAAUACAAACUAUUUUAAAUGAACAAAAAGAUUUUUCUUGUCAAUAUAUACCAAAUUCAAAUGAUCAAACUACUGAAACACUUAUAACUAAUUAUAAUACACAAAUAAUACAAACUGAUGAUAUUUCUAUGAAGGAUUAUUCAUGUCAAAUAACACCUGAAUAUAUCGAUCAACAAAUUGAAACAAUACCUAUCUUAACACAAGAUAUUGCUUUACAAUCAUCAUUAAAUAAUUCUACAAUAUAUGAUGAUCAAUAUAUUCAAACUGAUUUUAUUUAUCAUAAUGAUGUAUCAACUCAAUAUGAUCUUGAUAUAGAAGAUAGACCUGAUACAGCUAUUCUUCCGAUUAUAUUUAGUGAAGAAUUACCAAUAUCAAAUGAAAUUGAAAUUUCAAUUGAAAAUCAUCAUAUAGAAUUAGAGAAAAAAAUUUUUCUUGAUCAAGAAUGUCAAACAAUAAAUAAUAAUCUUUAUCAAUUAAAUCAAUAUACUCAAACAUCACAUAUUUAUUUAAAUGAUUGUGCAUCACAAUCAUCAAUAAUAACAGUUAAAAAUCAAUAUAUUCAAACUGAAUCCAAUAUGAAUUUAUAUUCAUCAUCACUUUAUAUUAUACCAACAUCUAUUAAUCAAUCAUGUUGUUCAUCAAAAAUUAUAAUUCUACCAAAAGAAAAUCAUAUAUCUUCAUCUCCUAUUGUUAUGGAUCAAGAAAUUCAAUGUAAUCUUCCUUCAUUAGAAAUAUCAAUUCCAAUUUCAAUUGAACAUAAAACGAAUAAUAUGGAUAGAAGAAGUAUUAUUCAACAACAAUUAGAUGAAAAAGAAAAACAAAUGAAUAAAAUUAUAGAAGAAUAUGCUGUACUUUAUGGAGAAUAUGAAACAGAACGACGUCGUAAUAUGGAUUUAACUGAAGCUCGUGAUCGUUUAGCUGAUCAUAUAAAAAUUCUUUCAGAUGAAUUAGGUGAUCGAGAGAUCAAUCAAGAAAAAUUAUUAAUUAAAAGUUGUCAACAAAAUAAACUAAUUAAUUAUAUGUUACCUCAAAUUGAUUGUUCUCCGAUACCAAAAAAAAAACAUCAUUCGGCCACUAGUUUUCGUCGACUUUUACCCAAAUUUAAAUGA